AUGGUGCCAGACGAAGUAAUUGAGAUUGAAUCCUCCAUUAAUGAUAGACUAGUGCAAAUAACCAGAGAAGAUGGCGUAAUUGAAAUUGUGUCAGAUAUGGAUGAAAUGGUUGAUCCAUCAAACAGGGUUAGGUAUCCAUCAUCACCAUCCAUUAGAUGUAAUCAAAUUGUUGAACUGAAUAGUGAGGUUACACAUGAUUGUAUGUCAAUUGAGCUUGAUGCAAACUUCCAGCAGGACACAUCUCUUAAUGAUAGCGAAUUAGAAGUACUAAGGGGUAGACAUUCUACGAAGCGGAUAAAUAUGGAUAAUGAGGACAAUAAAAUAGAUUCAUUGGGAAGUUUUCCAUCUGAGCCGAAUAUUCAGGAUACUUUGCAGAAAACUGUAGAGGUUGACACAGCUAAAAAGGCUCCUGUCAAACAGAAAGAUAAUGAUGUCCUAAGGGAUAUACUAAGUGAUAUAGAAGAUAGGCUUUCAAGUCAUGAUACGAUAGAUAGCAGCAGUUUACGAAGUCCAGAGCAAUUGCCUGCACUUACUGCUAGAUGGACACAAGUGUCAAAUCGUAGUGUUACUGCUAUAGAUACAGGGAAUUCCGGUACAGCAUGCACAGGGAAUAAUACUAUACGGCGUAAGUUGGCUAAUAAGAAUAGUGCUGUAUCGAUUCUACCAGUACAAUCUCCACCGAAGCGAAAUCUAGUUUCUACUAUUAUACCGACUAGCACUGACGUUAAUAGGGAACGAAUAAGUAUCAGACCAGCCCCUAGACAAAGGGAGAUAGCCAAAGAUACAAUAGAACAUCGAAAAGGUGGGAAACUGCCAAUGUUGCGUCCUAAUCGGCGCAAUUGGCAUGAAAUGAUGGUCAGCUCUAACCUACCGAGCUCCGCAGAUGAUAAUCAUAGUAAAAGACACAAACCAGUGGAAAUUGGAUCAAAAAGAAGGGGUUCUAUAACGGAUAAUACGACUGAGGAAUCUGUGAGAGCCAUUCCCGACGAAGAUAAUAUAUAUGGCUUUGAAAAGAUUGACACCGAUUCUUCAUUUGACGUCAAUGUUUUAACGUCACCACCGCAUCCUAAGCAAAAACCGCCUAAACUGCCAGAAGCGCCUCCUGCAGGAAAAGAGUAUAUCGUACAUGGCAAAUAUUAUAGUAAUGAAGAAUCAAAAAGUAUGGUAACCAAGAGUCAUGCCAGCAACUCUUUGAAAAAGAAGUUUACUGAAGUCAAUAAAACACAAAGAGACAAAGAAGUACUACUAUCGGAAAUUAUAAUUAGUAUCAAUGAUGCCGUAAACGAGCAGCUGAUUGAGGGUGGUUCUAAUGUUAAUGAUAUCUUCUCUCCUUCCACCAUAUUCCAGAAUUACGAGGAUAUUCCUAUUAUCAGGCUUAAAAGAAAAUGCAGUUCCAUCUAUGACUUUAAUCACAAUAUGUUCUAUCCUUGCGAUACGGUCAUUUGUGAGGAACCAACAUGUGUUCUUUUAUUCCAGGCCUUAGAUUUCUUUCAUAAAUACAGCACUCAAAAGGCUGAACUGAUGGAGCAAAUUGAAAAGCUAGUGAAGUCAGGCAAGAAGGCCAUCAUUAUCUUAAACGAGUACUCUCGCCUUGAAAAAUCAUUAUCGCAUCUUGAGGAUAAGGAUCUAAGAGAUAAGGUUGCAGAGCAAUUAUCUGGUUCUACUAGCCCCAAGCGCCGUACUGCUAAGCAGCAAGAAUUGGAAAAAUUGGGAUUAACAUCUAAAGACUUGGGGAACAUAGUCAAUGAAAUAGUUUUACAUUGGCAGGUCGAGGUAUUCCCGCUAAAUAGCAUAACAGAAUUUAUCACAUGGUUUAAGAACUUGGUUUGGGUUGUGUCUAAAAUCAGGUAUGAUCCAAUGAUGAAGAAUAUAAGUUGGUCACAUAUUAACUUAAAAAUUGGUAAGACACCAACAGAAGUCCUAUCGAAAACGUUGCAACAAAUAAACUCUGUAACAGAGAUAAGGGCUAAUAGAGUUACAAACGUUUACAAAAGCUUUCAGAUGUUACUUGAAGAUCUGAAGAAAGGUUACCUUGUUGCGGGAAAUGAUGAUAACCCUUUAAUGUCCCGUGUAACUGAGAAGGUAGUAAAUAGACUAUUCUUAUCCAAUAACCCUGAUGAAAAAGUAUAUUUUUGA